AUGGGAUGUUUUCUCAGGCCAUUGCCUGCAAUUGCCUUCACCAGCAAAUCACUGCCUAUUAGGAUUACCAAGAAGCCCUCUGGUUCCUUGUUGAAUGCUAGCGCCAUGGCUAAAGAACUGUAUUUCAACCAUGAUGGUUCCGCCACCAAAAAACUCCUGGCAGGGGUGGAUAAGGUAGCACAGCUGAUUGGUGUGACUUUGGGUCCAAAGGGAAGGAAUGUGGUGUUGCAAAACAAGUAUGGACCUCCCAAGAUUGUCAAUGAUGGUGAAACUGUUCUUAAAGAGAUUGAGCUCGAGGAUCCUCUUGAAAAUGUGGGAGUAAAAUUGGUGAGGCAAGCGGGGGCAAAAACAAAUGAUCUUGCUGGCGAUGGUUGCACUACGUCCAUAGUGCUAGCUCAGGGUCUUAUUGCUGAAGGCAUAAAGGUUACUGCUGCAGGCAUGAACCCAAUUCAGAUCUCUCGUGGGAUUGAGAAAACCGCUAAUGCUCUCAUUUCUGAACUAAAAUUAAUGUCCAAAGAGGUUGAGGAUCACGAACUUGCAGAUGUUGCUGCUGUUAGCGCAGGAAAUGACUAUGCUGUGGGGGAUAUGAUUUCCGAUGCUCUUCAACAAGUAGGAAGAAUGGGUGUUGUCACGAUUGAGAAAGGGAAUUACGUUGAAAACAGUUUACGAAUUGUUGAAGGAAUGCAGUUUGAUCGUGGAUAUUUGUCUCCUUAUUUUGUCACUGACCGUCGAAAGAUGACAGUGGAGUUUUAUGAUUGUAAAUUGCUAUUGGUUGACAAAAAAAUCUCAAAUCCAAGGGAGUUGUUUAAGAUAUUGGAGAAUGCUGCCAAAGAUAAGUACCCCAUUUUGAUAGUUGCAGAGGGCAUCGAGCAGGAAGCUCUGGCUCCGAUAAUUAGGAACAAAUUGAGGGGCGUAUUGAAGGCAGCUGCAAUUAAAGCUCCUGCAUUUGGUGAGCGUAAAAGCCACUAUUUGGAUGACAUUGCCAUCUUGACAGGAGGAACUGUUAUCCGGGAUGACAUGGGUUUGACACUUGAAAAUGUUCAGAAAGGUAUGCUUGGGUCUGCUUCUAAAGUUGUAGUAUCUAAGGAUUCUACAUUAAUAGUUACAGAUGGACGUACACAAGAAGCUGUUAAAGUAAGAGUUUCUCAGAUACAGAGGCUUGUAGAGAACACUGAGGAAAAAUUUCAAAAGAAAAUACUGAAUGAACGUAUAGCCAGAUUAUCAAGGGGAAUAGCAAUUCUUCAGGUGGGAGCACAAACACAGAUCGAGUUGAAGGAUAAACAACUAAGAGUUGAAGAUGCUCUAAAUGCAACCAAGGCAGCGAUUGAGGAAGGAAUAGUAGUUGGCGGGGGUUGUUGCCUCCUCAGGCUUUCUACUAAGGUUGAUAGUAUCAGAGAACAUUUGGACAAUGACGAGCAAAAAAUAGGAGCAGACAUUUUAAAAAGAGCCUUGGCCUAUCCUGCAAGACAGAUAGCCAAAAAUGCUGGUGUAAAUGGAAACACUGUCAUACAGAAGGUUCUGUCAUCAGACGACAUAAGGUAUGGAUACAAUGCUGCAGAAAAUAGAUACGAGGAUUUGAUGGCUGCUGGAAUACUGGAUCCGUCCAAGGUUGUUAGAUGUUGCUUGGAGCAUGCAACAUCUGUUGCCAAGACCUUUUUGACAUCUGAUGCAGUAGUUGUUGAAAUUAAGGAACCUGCUCCUAAACGUAUAAGAAAACCAAUGCCAACCUCAGGUAUUGGACCAAUUGGCAUUUAA